AUGAUCAGUGCUAACAAAAUCAUCAAGAUAGCAAGGAAAUGGCAGAAGUUUGCGGUCAACCAAAGGAAGAGAAUUUCAUUUCCAAGAUCCAAUAACCAUGACGCAGAGUGUUGUAGUACAUCUUAUUCUAUAGUUGGCAAAGGGCAUUUUGUGGUGUAUACAACUGAUCAAAAGCGAUUUGUGGUUCCUUUGGCUUAUCUACAACAUGAGAUAAUCGGACAACUAUUGCACAUGUCUGAAGAAGAGUUUGGACUUCCGAGUGAUGGACCUAUUACAUUACCGUGUGAUUCCAUAUUCAUGAACUACGUCAUAUCACUCAUCGAAAGAGGUGUAGCUGUAGAUCUUCAGAAUGCGUUGCUUGUAUCAGUAGCUUCCAGUCGAUGCUCAUCAGCUUUAUACCUUCAUGAGCUAAGAAACACAGAAUUACUAUUGCUUUCUAGGGGUCCUGUGAAUUCAAUGGAUAACAUAGAAGUGUGA